AUGGCUAUGGCCGAUGGCAUUUCGUCGGCGGCACAGGGGCCCGCGAAGCAGCCCCCAUCGACCAUCCGAACCGCUCUCCCAUCUCGACGCAUGUCCCCGAAGGCCCGCGAAGGAGGGCAGUACGGUGCCGUGGAGCAGGCGAGAGGCCCCAGUCCAGUAGGCCGAGGCGACAGCCUCGAGGGGCCGGCGACCCUGCGGCCGAAUUCUCGACGUAGUCCGUCGAGCGACGCCACGUCAAGAUCACAGGCCAGGAGUCCGAUCUCAGUAUCCAGUGAUGGCUCCCCGAAGGACGUGAGAUCAGAACCGAGACCCAGUCCGGCACUGUCAACCGCGACAACGGCUUCUUCAGGCCAGACUGGUCAAGUCUGCAGUAAUUGUGGUACAACACGAACGCCUUUGUGGAGAAGAUCUCCCCAGGGAACGACGAUAUGCAACGCUUGCGGCCUAUAUCAGAAGGCGAGAAAUGCUUCACGUCCAACUAAUCUCAAGAAACCCCCGCAUCUGGUUGCUGCGGCACCGAGAACGGCUCCGCCAAAGAUCGCCCCAGCGCCAGGUCCAGGGCCGAAAUAUCUCAGCGCUCCAGCUCCGACGUAUGUUACCGAGGAACAGGCGCCGUCAGGCACCUGUCCAGGUGGCGGAAAGUGUAACGGGACCGGCGGUGCGGAAGGCUGCAGUGGUUGUCCUGCGUACAACAACCGCGUAUCAAAAUCCGCCCAUUUGAACGUUCAGGGGCAAGGUUGUGGCGGCGGCGGCGGCUCUUCUAGCCAAUCUCAAGGUGAGCCGAUGGCUGUGGACGAUCCUGUCGCUCCUGUCGACAUCGCCGCGCUGCAAAUUCAGCAAGCACAAAACCCGAACCACACCGUCGUGAUUGCCUGCCAAAACUGCGGCACUACCAUCACCCCACUAUGGAGACGUGAUGAAAGUGGCCACACGAUCUGUAAUGCCUGCGGUCUGUACUACAAACUUCACGGAGUUCACCGCCCUGUGACCAUGAAGAAGUCUAUCAUCAAGAGACGGAAACGAGUCAUCCCAUCUUCGUUCGGUGGCGAGUGGACGGAAGAGAUGCUUGAGGGUUCGGAGUCGCAGAGUGUGGUACCAGAGGGAAGCCCGGAAAGGGGUACGAUGAACGAAGAUGGAUCCAUCAAUCUCGGCUUUCGACGUCGGGAAGAAAAUCCCGCCACGAUGCUUCCAGAUCCCCUUAUGCGUCCAAAUCGGCAAGGCUCGCCGCUGCCAUCGCACGACUUGGCUGCGUAUCAAUCUUCUAGUUCUCGAAUUUCGAACCCCUAUUCAGGAUCGCUCAACGACGAUAAUCGCCUUGCUCCAAUCACAUCUCUCGCCGCCAUGGGAGAACGUCAACCUUCUCUAUCACCCGGUUCUUUCUUGUCUUCGUCGAGGAAAAGGUCGCUGUCUGCGGAAGGAAACCCGUCUGGAGAUGGUGGACCUGAUACGUCGAAACGCCUGUCAUCGAUCAAGUCAAUCCUCAAUCCAACAACUGCAGACGACAGUCCGGCAUAUCAUUCGGGUAGCGAUGAUGCCGCGGAACAUUACGCACGAUCUGCCAUGUCGCCGGCCGCUUCCGCACCGAGCCCAGGAUCCUACUCGAACGCUCACAUGACCCCUCUUCCGUCUCCUGGACCGAGCAGUCAGACAAGCAAUCCGGGAUACAGGCCAGAAAACGAGAGAGUCAAGGCAGAGAAGAGGGCAGCACUGAUUCGGGAAGCUGAACGGAUGAGGGAGAUGUUAGCAGCGAAGGAGAAGGAACUAGCGGAGAUGGGCAACUAA